GUGAGCAGUGGAUCCUAGAGAGUCAGUCAGUAAGUCAGUGUGUCCGGGUAAAUCUAAGUGGUGAGGAGUGGGAUAUUGUCGUGCACCUGACGCCACGAUGGACGACUAUCCGAUGCAUGGGUUGCUGGUUGGGUUCUCUCUUUGGGGGACCCUCUGGCACCUCCUUUUUCCUCUGGGGUUCUGGCACACCUUCACGGGUAGAGUAGAUACCCGGGGUGGUGCCUCCACCAAGCCAUACACGAAGGAGGAGGAGGCGAAGAUGGUCGCCAUUCUGCAGGAGAGCAAGGAGAAGAAGGAGGCCAAGAAGAAGGCCUUGAAGAAGGAACAGGCGGCCAAAUUGAAGAAGAUAGAAGAAGAGAUGGCCAGAGAGAAGGAGAGGAUACAGAAAGAAGAAGAAGAAAAGUUGAAAGAGGUGGAAGAGGAGGAAGAAGAUGAAAUGCCACUGCAGAGGAAGAAGGGGCAGUUCAGUGGCAGUAGGGAUGAGGAGACGGAGAAGCGGAUCUCAGAGUGGGUCGCCAACUUAUCCCUGGACGAAGAAGAGGAGGUGGCGAUGUAUAUCUCUAAGGACGAUCAGGAAGCCGCUAUGAGAGCUUGGGAAGCAGAAAAAAAUGUUGUGAAGCGGCGGGCAAUGGAAGAUGAGAAGAGAAUGGAAUGGAGGUUGGCAGUGAUGAGGGAGAAGAAGAGGAGAGUGGACGUGGCAGCGGAGGCGGCAAAAAAAUUAGAGGAGGUAAAAAAUAUAGAAGAGCAACUAGCCGCCCAGACUGAACUCCCAGCCCAAAUGCGAGUCAUAGCUCGAAAUGUUGCCCGCCUGGCACAAAUUCAGGCGGAGCAAUACGACUUCAGUAGAAGCCAGCACAUAGCUGUGCGUUCGAUACGGUUGGGAUUCCGGGACUUUGCUCGCGAGCUGGUAGACGCUGUAGGAACCGAGGUAGGCCACCGCCUUGACAAGACUGAGCGGUUUUGUGCCGGCGCCAUUGAGGGCGUCAAGGCGGCAGCCCCCAAGGAGGAGGAAGCACGUCCUCCUUGUCGGGAACCGGUCAAGGUCAAAUUCCCUGAUUCCUACAGUGGAAAAAGGGAAGAGAACUUUGACAACUGGGAAGCCAACAUUAAGACCUAUGUGCACUUGCAACAUGUCUCCCCGGAUCAGCAGGUUCUAAUUGCGAUCCACGCGCUGAGAGAUCAGGCCGCCAGUUUUGCAAGGUCCCUAGUUCGCGCUGCCAACUGUAGUGACGAUCCCGUUGUGUACUCCUCGUUCACGUCCCUCACCGAAUUCCUGAAGUUGUUGUGUGAGAGAUUCGUUGAUGUUGCCCGCAGCGUUAAAGCCUCAGAUAGGCUGCAAACGAUCCACUCUCGCCGGUGUCUAGAUAGCUGCCCAGAGACCGCUUGUAUUAGGGUUUCUCGCCUAGAGAAAGAUGGGAAAGUGAAGAAGGUUCUCCACUCCCUGACUCUCCUCGUAGAAGACAGCCUCCCAUUUGAUAUUGUCCUGGGAAUGGAUUGGGGAGAGGCAGUCGGGGCCACGCUCCAUUUGAAGGAGCACGAGUGUAGGCUCCCUAGUUCUUCAGGCAAGGCUAAGACUGCCCGCUUGUUCCAUGUGUCAGGAGUAUUGAAUCCCUUGGCACAUAGCUGCCUUAGUGCUCCUGCGUUCGCCAGAUUAGUGAAAAAUGAGAAAUUGGAGGAACAGGUUUUUGUUGCCUAUGUUAGGCCAGUGACUGAGCCUACGGAAGAAAAGCCGAUGGACCAUGCGAUGGCCAAGCUGCUGGAAGAGUUCAAAGAUCUAACUGAGCCGCCGAUAGGAGUGGUACCGUGGCCCAUCCAGCACCGCAUUGAGAUAGAGCCUGGCAGUAGAACUCCUAAGGGCGCCAUGUAUAGGAUGUCCCCACGAGAGUUAGAGGAGCUUUGCAAGCAAUUAGACGAGCUCCUCGAGAAGGGUUGGAUUAGGCCCAGUUCGUCUCCUUUUGGAGUGUCUGUUCUCUUUGUUCCUAAGAAAGAGGGACAGUUGAGGAUGUGUAUAGACUAUAGGGGUCUGAAUGCUAUUAUAGUGAAGAAUGUUGAGCCACUUCCUAGGAUAGACGAUCUCUUAGAUCGAGUGCAGGGGGCCAGGUAUUUCUCUAAGAUAGACUUAAAGUCCGGAUAUCAUGAGAUAGAAGUGCAUCCUGAUGAUCAGUAUAAGACAGCCUUCCAGACUAGAUAUGGGCACUACGAGUUCAUAGUAAUGCCCUUUGGACUAACCAAUGCGCCAGCUACGUUCCAGCACUGUAUGAAUGAUUUGUUUAGGCCAUGGUUAGACAGGUUCGUCGUAGUUUACUUAGACGACACCCUAGUGUUUAGCAAGACCCUCGAAGAGCAUCAGGGUCAUCUUAGGCAGGUCUUGGAGAAGCUGAGGGAAGCUAACUUCAAGAUCAAUGCAAAGAAGUGCGAUUGGGCGAAAACCCAAGUUUUGUACUUAGGCCACGUCUUAGACGGAGACGACGUUAAGCCAGAAGAUAGCAAGAUCGCAGCGAUCAGAGAUUGGCCCACGCCACGUACGCUGACAGAGUUGCGCUCGUUCCUGGACUUAGCUAAUUACUAUCGGAAGUUCGUGAGGAACUUCUCUACCAUCGUUGGGUCCCUUCGCAGAUUGUUGAGAAAGGAGACCAUCUGGAAGUGGGAUAAGUAUUGCACGUCUGCCAUAAAGAAGUUAAAGCAGGCAUUGAUAGAGUAUCCAGUCCUUAAAGUCGCUCAUCCGUCCUUGCCCUUUGUCGUCACGACCGAUGCGAGUCAAUACGGCAUAGGCACAGUGUUACAGCAAGACGAUGGCAAUGGGUAUAGACCCGUAGAAUUCAUGUCCGCCAGGAGGCAUUCAGAGAAGGUCGCGACAUCUACCUAUGAGAGGGAACUCUACGCUCUCAGGCAAGCCUUAGACCAUUGGAAGCACUACUUGCUUGGGAGGCACUUCAAAGCCUAUUCUGACCAUGAAACAUUACGAUGGUUAGAGACGCAGGCCAAGAUGACACCUAAGCUUACUAGGUGGGCCGUAGAGAUAGAUCAGUACGACUUCGAGCUCAAGCCUGUCAAAGGGAAGUAUAACGUAGUCGCAGAUGCUCUAAGUAGGCGAGCAGAUUACUUUGGGGCAAUAGUGCAUUACCUAGACAUAGGGAAGGAUCUGCAACAGAAGGUUAGAGAAGCCUACGCGCAGGACCCUAUCUACAGUGACCUCCUUAAGAAAGUCAAAGAGGCCCCUGAGACUGAACCGAACUACCGCACUACCGAAGGGUUGCUCUUUGAGAAGACUAAUGUAUUCGACCGCCUGUGCAUUCCCCGUAGCGAAGAGAUUCGUAGUCUGAUUCUGGGAGAAUGCCACGACACAGAGGGUCAUUUUGGUUGGCAAAAGACGUUAGCCAAUCUAAUGCGUGCGUAUACCUGGCCAGGAAUGAAGAAUGACUUCGUAGAGUAUGUUCGCAGUUGCAAAGUCUGCCAGCGUAACAAGAGUUUUACGCGCGCCCCGCUAGGUCUUCUCAGACCCUUACCCAUUCCGGAUCAACCGGGAGACUCAGUGUCCAUAGACUUCAUGGACACUCAAGUCAAGAGCAGGCAUGGCAAGAGCCAAGUCAUGGUCAUAGUCGACCAUUUUAGUAAGGUGAUCCAGAGUGCGAACAGUGAGUUGCUUGGGCGCUGAGUCGCCAUAGCCAGUAGAAGCGAACGUCCCUGAAAGACAUCUCUGUGUACUGUGUGGGCGCAUGUCGCCAGUUGUGUGUUGUUGUCCACGUGCAUGAAAAGUGUGAAUAAGUCGAGUCUGAUUGCAAUGCCUGCAAAAAAAAAAAAAAAAAAAAAAAAAAAUUUAGGCCCAAACGAACUGCUUAAUUUCAGCAUUGUUAACAAAUUCAAGAAACGGAA